AUUUCAUGCGCAAGUUCAUCAAUUUGCUCCGCUACGAUGGAGCCAACAGUUCUCUCAAUUUCAUCUUGUUUACCAUCUCUGAGUUUCUGGUGCUGUCAAACAUUCUCCUGGUAUUCUUGAAUGAAACAGACAACGUGGAAAAAUGUGUUCUAGCAGCAAAAGACUUUGUAACGUUGGCAUACUUCUACACAAGUAUGUACAAGCGAUUCCAGCAACCACAAGCAGGCAUAAGAUUGACUGAGACAAUUGAGGAAGAGUACCUCAUCGACUGCUAUCGUCUGGAUUACAACGAACAAAAAUGGAGAGACAUAAAACAGCAUUACGAGAACAACAGGAGUCAUUUAGAACAGACGGGCCGUUUAUUCAACAUAUUGACCAUAUCAUGUAUGGCUGGAAUAACAACCAGAUACGCCAUUUUUGAUUUAGCAAAGUUAUUUUUUGGAGGUAGAUCGAUGAGAGGCAAGCCAACUCCUUUCGUCGCAUAUAUUCCGCCCGACGUCGACCAGACAGAUUUUCUCGUUUACAUAUUCGUGUUGCAAGUUUUUCUAACAGCUAUACUUCAUAUGGAAGGUUAUUUCAUAAACUGCGCCCUGUUCCAAUGUUCCCAAAAAAUAUUGACAAACUUUGAGGCGAUGUACAUUAUCAUAGAUCAUAUAGCUGAGAACUAUCCAAGUUCUUCAUCACUUGACUUUUAUGACAAAAAUAUUGAACAAGCGAGAAAUAAUGGGUUCUUCAACACUGAUAAUGCACGAACAGAAAAGCUUCGAGAAGAUAUGAGACUCCUGGUUAGAUCUCACCAGCAUCUUAACAGAUCCGUGAAAAGUUGUGUGAAAUGCUUCGAAUACGGAAUACUUGCAUUAAGUGUCCUAAUAAGUAUGGAUACAUGCUCUCUCUUUUACUCCAUGUUACAGGCAGAAAGUAACAUCAUAGUCAUGAGCUACCUACUAUUAUGCUCAACCUACACGACUCUAUUACUUCUGGUUUAUUACAUAGGACAGCGUGUUACAAAUCAGAUCAUGAAGGCUGCUUUCACUUAUGGUAAUAUAAUGUACAGCAGAAAAUCAACUUAGUGCUGUCAGACAAUACUGAUGAAAUUCGAUAAAGAAGGAUUUUGAGGAAUCUGCUAAUGUGCCCAAACUUUGAUAUACAUAAUACAUGUAUUACUAACAAUGGAUUUAUAGCGAUAAAGAUCUAAGCGAAUUUGUGGUUGUGAAUUUAUAAUUUGAAGUGUGUAUUUUAGAGUAAACUCAAAUUUAUACUUCGAUUCCAAGUGAGUCAAUGUAUAUUAUGGUUUUUCAUCAAUAUCAAUAAUUAUUAUUGAUGGAACAGAAAUUAAUAAGAGUGUCAUGCAUUUAUUGUUACUGUACAUCGAUUUGGAAUUAUGUUUCUUGUUCUUCUAAACCUACUCCCUGUUAGAUGAGGACGGCAAAAUAUUUUUUUCGCAUUUUAGUUCUGGUCAACUUUUGUUCUGGUCCCAUAAGAUCAAUGUAAUCUUUC